AUGGUGCAGGCGGGCGAGAGCUUUAAUCAUCAGGUGCAGAGUGAGUGGAGGGCCGGGCAUGUGCUUGUUACGAGGGGGGUGUAUGGGGUUGUGAGGCAUCCGAGUUAUUGGGGGUUUUUUUGGUGGGGGGUGGGAUCGCAGGUGCUUGUGGGGAAUGUGGGGUGUGGGGUGGUGUAUGCGUGUGUGCUGUGGCGGUUUUUUGCGAGGCGGAUUGCGAGUGAGGAGAGGUAUCUGGUGGGGUUCUUUGGGGAGGAGUAUGUGCGGUUUCGGGCGCGGACGCCGGUGGGGAUUCCGUUUAUUGCGUGAGUGGAAGUGGGGUGGGCGUGAGGUAGAUGGAUGGGUGUGUGAGAGCAUGCGUACGAGCGGCGGGAGGAGAGGUCAUGAGUGAGGUGUUGUAGGGAGCAGGAGGAAGGUAUAUCUCAUACCUAGCCAAGCACAACGCAAACUGCAGACCAGAUGCACGGUAUACGAAUAAGAAGG